AUGCUGGGUCGCUGGAUGCAGCGGUGCAAAGUGCUCUCCGGGCCCUACCCACCCUUCGAAGCUACUGCUCCCACCGUCCUGGGCCAGGUGUUUCGGCUGCUGGAGACCAGCUACCAGGGGGAUGGGCUCUGCUGCCUGCUCCAGUUCCUCAUCCCGGCCAAGCGGCUCUUCGAGCGCCUGCGGCAGGCUGCCUGCGCUCCCUACUUUAACCGCAUCUUUCUCCAUGAAGGCUGGCCCUUAUGUCUGCAUGAGAAGGUGGUUGUGCACCUUGCACCGCUCAACCCCCUCCUGCUGCGCCCCGGGGACUUCUACCUGCAAGCAGAGCCCUGUGAGGAGCACACAGCACGUGUCACCAUCAAGCACCUCUCCCUGGACCUGCGCUCGGUGGAGGAGACACCUGUCCCUGAGGCUACCCAUGCACUGCUCUUCACCAACGCAUGGCUGGAGGAGGUGAACAGCAGCUGGGCCGGAGCUCCCCUGCACACCUGCUUGGUGGCCACUGAGAACGGCAUCACCCCACUGCCAUGGAGCCGGAUUGCCACGCCUGAGUUCACCGACAAGCCCAGGGCUGGAGCUGACAGUGUGCCUGCUGGUGCCUGCCAUGAACCUGCUUCUGAACCAGCAGCACCUGGCACACCUGUGCCCCAUGGCAUAGCAAAUAUCCCCACGCCCUACAGAAACACUGUGGGCACCAUCCCAGGCUGCAAGGCCACCUCUCGGAAGUCAAGCCAGGGACGAUACCCAGGACUGAUCAAGGUGGAGCAGGCAGGUCUGCGGAAGAAGCAAGCCACACUGGCUGUGCCCAGCCUCAGUGAAAUCAUCAGUCAGAACCUGGAGGGGGAGUAUGUGGACCUGCUGGAACAAUCCCAGGAGGACAUGGAUGUCCUGACCAGAACUCUGUUUCCCACCUGCCCUCCAGGGAGAAUAAGGGCUGGAGCUGAGGAGAUGCUCCCCUGGGCAAAUGAGGGACCAGGAGCAAGUGGGGGAGCACUGAGCUCAGAGGAGAGUCCCUGCAGCCCGUGCCUGGGGAGGAAGCUGGGCCGGGAGCCAGGGCCACAUGGCCCAAAGUGCCGCCAACGUGACUCCUACAAGGCUGCACAGCAGAACCCAGGCACACGGCUUGGGGCAGCCCCUGGGGAUGAAAGAGUCACCAGCCAGCAUGAGGGGGCCUGGAAGAAGAUGUCGGCCAUCUACUCACCCAGGAUGGGCAGAGCCAGGGCAGCAGGGAAAGGUACGAAUGCAGCCACUGCUGCAACCAUGGAGGAAAGUGCCAGCUGCAAGAAUGGCCUCUCUGUGCCCAGCACUGGCACUGCUGGUCAGGAGCCUCCAGCCUGGCAGGACCUGCAUGCCGGGCUGCUACGCUCGGGCAUCGUCUGCCUGCCAGGGAGCUCAGACAGGCUGGGCAGGGCCCUCCUUCUGGUGACCACCAGUGGCAGUGCCUGGCAGGCUGCGUGGUGCUCAGCUGCUGAGCUGACGAGGCUCAUCCACUACCUGUGCUCCCUCCCCAGGCAAGAAGUGAAGAAUGGUGAGAGGCGAGAAGCGAAGGAUGUUGGGGUGACAGUUGUGGUGGAUGCCAGGAAGCGGCCGCCUGCUCCCAUCCUAUUCUCAGCCCUCCGCUCUGUCCAGAAUGUCUCUCCAGGCUGCAUCCACAGCAUGCUGCUCCUGGCCGAGAAGGAGCUGAUCUCCCACCGUGAGAGGCUGGCUGGGGUGCAGGUGGAGACCCUGACAUCGCUGAAGGCUCUGGGCCGCCACGUCGACAGCUCCCAGCUGCCCCCAGAGCUGGACGGUGCCUUCCCCUACUGCCACGGCGAGUGGGUUCAAUUCUUCCAGAAGCUGCAUCCCUUCACAGCCAGCCUCAGGCAGGCAUUGGAGCUGCUGCAGCGCUGCAUCCAGGAGCUGCGGAACACUGACGCACUGAUAGGGACACAGGAUGUGGCCGCAGGCAUCAGGAGGCACCGGGAGCUGAUGCAGAAGGUGCUGAGUGAGCCUCAGCUGGUGCGGGUGCAGCGCGAGGGUGGCUUUGUGCUGGCCAGGCUGCGUAGGGAGGCUGCCCACCUCUGCAUCUCCGACCACAUCAGGACUGGUAUGGACUUGGCUGAGGGGCUGUAUAGUCAGCUGGAGGAGGAGCUUCACAACCUUGUGUCCCAGUCCAACAGCUGCCUGGAGCACCUGGAGUUCCUCCGCAAGGUCCGGGAGCUCGAGACUGAGUUUGGCAAGCUGGCAUCCUGGCUGGAUGGGGAGGCAGCGACUCAGCUGCAGGAGAUGGGCACUGAGGACUGGAGUCCUGACAGCUGCCAGGGCUCUGCCGAGCACUUCAAGGAGUUCCUUGCCCAGGCCACAGCUCGGUACCAGCAUGGCCUGACCUUGUGCCAGGAGGCAGCCGAGGUCCGAGGCACGACGUUCCCUGAGGCAGAUGCCUUCCAAGUGGCUGCAGCCCUUUUCCAGACUAAGCUGAUGAGCUUCUCCAAGCAGCUGGAACGGAGGCAGGCAGAACAGGAGCUGCUGCAGGAGCUCAUCCGGUUGUCCAACAAGGUGGCGGGGCUGAAGCUGGACUGCCGGCAGUGCUCAGCCCGGGCACAGCGUGGGGAGGGCCAGGCACUGCGGUGCCUGCAGAGAUCCUUCCAAAAGCUCUCGGUGGAGUUCGCCCUGGAGAAGCUGAAGGAAAUGAAGGCUCAGGUGCGCAGGAUGCAGAGCAGCCAAGGGUUAGCAGCCUGGACAGAGGCACAGCACAGGUACCAGGAGACCCGGCAGGUCCUGGAGGAGAUGCUGGUGGAACUGCAGGAGGCCUGGGGAGCACAGGCUGAUGGGCAGGGAGACUCCUCCAGCCCCCCUAGCCCAGGGUCCGCAGCUCCUCACAUGGAAGUCCUGGUGUGCGGAGCAGCCUCCAGCCCCAAGCCAGCAGUGUUGGGAGGCAGGGGGCUGGCAGAGGAGCCAGAGACCAGCACUGAGGGGCUGGGACAGCCCCAGGGACCAGGACAGUCCCAGGGACCAGGACAGUCCCAGCCCAGCACCACUCCUGGCUCCACACUGGGUGUGGAGCAGAGUUCUCUGCAGCCCCACUGUCGGCUGGGGCCUCAGGGUGCCCAGACCUCUCACCACCACAUCUCUGCUGAUACCCCCCAUCCCAAACCCAAGAGCAAAGCCAGCCUGAGAGCAACAGGACACCUUGGCCAGGAGCGCAGCCAGCCCCCUCGGAGGCGUCCCUUCACCCUUCCUCCCUGGACACGCUUUCCAGGUGCUGACCCACAAUGCCCUACUGCUGUGCCCCAUGGGACUGCCUCAGAUCCCAGCACAUCUGCUGCACCAGUGGGGCCACGGGCAGAAGCUGCCCAGUACUUCCAGGUUUCCAGCCAGAGCAGUUUCUCCUCUGAAGACUCAGAUUCACAGAACUCCAUGGAAGAAGCCCCAGCAUCAAGCCUGGCUUUGCCCAGGGACCUUCAGAGUCCCAGACCACCCUGCCCAUCUGAAAAGUCUCACCAGAUCAUUUACCUGGAGAACCACCACACUGAAAGUUCAGCUAAAGCAAAUGCCAAGUAA